AUGCCAGAAAGCACAAACUUCACAGAAGAGAUCACACAAUGGGUGGAAUCUUUGCCGAAUUGGGGUAAAGCCGCGGUUGCCGGUGGUGUUGCUCUUGCCGUAUAUAUUCCGUACAAGUUUAUGGCCACACGACCGAGAAAAUCACCGUUGAACGAGAAUUGGAAGCCAGAUGUGGUGUACCUAUACCAAUUCCCACGAGCACGACUUCUUCCAAAUCUAUCGCCGUUUUGCAUGAAAGUGGAAACAUGGCUGAGAAUGUCAGAUAUUACCUAUGAGAUUCCGCCAUGCAGUCUCUCCACCAGAUCCCAGGAAGGCACAUUACCAUUUGUCGAGCUUAACGGAAAAGAAUAUUACGAUUCAAGUUUUAUUCUCAGAGAUAUUGAUCAAGUAAUCAAGCACACUUCAUUGGAUGAUCACUUAUCUGCUGAGCAAAAAGCCACGUCACGAGCUUUUGAGGCAAUGUCGGAGAAGUCAUUGGCCAUUUCUGCAUGCUACUACCGAAUGGAAAAUGUUGAAAAGAUGCUCGACCAAUUCGACCCGAAACUUUUCGGAAUCUUUGGUUUUCUCUUCAAAUUGAUUGGCUCAAGGACUUAUGUUUCUGCUUUGCUCCGCAGAAUCACCGGCUCAGACAUCGGAUUCCACAGUCGCGAGGACAUUAUCAACAUUGGGAGUGAAGACCUGAAAGCGAUCAGCAAAUAUUUGGGAAAUAAGCACUAUUUCCACGGAUUCAAGCCAACCAAAGUCGACGCAUGCAUCUUCUCCCAUCUGUGUCAAAUCUAUUAUGCUCCGUAUACGAGUGAGCACCGUGAUUUGAUCGACGGAGAAUGCAAGAAUUUGGCCGAAUAUGUCGAGAGGAUUAAGAAUAGAUUCUACCCGGAUUGGGAUGACGUCACCACCAAAUUCUCAACAGACACCAGCAACUGGAAGAAAAGACACGUGGCGAGAAAUGGAAAUGGAAAACAUUGAAUGUUUUUUUCGUUGUAAAUUUAAAUUUAUAGCAUUAUUUAGAGAAAUGAAAUUUUUUUUCAAAUUUUCU